CAUGUUGCGGUAAUAUUUCCUGGUGGAAGAAUUUUUUCAGAAUAUUUCUUUUUCACUUAUUGAUCAGGUUCUUUGUAGAAAAAAUAUCAUUUUCAUUCGCCAUACGUAACCCGAUUUUCUUUUCAUUCUGGCGCAAACAUGAUUAAUAUCUAAAUCCAAACACUCCAGAGUAAACAAAUGUGAUUAAGUUUCAAUAAAAAAAAUGAUUCUGUGAGUUAAGAAUUGAUGUUGGUUAUAGAUGGCGUAGACUCAAAUGUACAAAAGCGGUUAGAUAACGGGUUAGACUUGAUCGUUUCAGCUCCGUAUUGGCCGACAUCUUGCACGUUCAACAUUCAUAGAAUAUGGUAUGAUUAUGAAGACUUGACAAUGUGCUAUUAUGUUUCAGAAUUUCAUGAUGGGAUAGAACUGUAUGUGAUGUCUUGCAUGUUGAAGGUUUCAUCUAAGACUCGUAUGUUCUUUGUCUAUAAACAGUUGUGAGCCAGUUUGAUGCUGUUUGGCUGUUGCAAAGACUAAAUCAUAGUUAAAACUAAACUCAAAAUGAGUGAACUUUCAAUAAGCGGAACUGUGCAAAAUAAUGGCGAUGAAGGGAUUGGAAUCGCAGCAAGCAACUCGGACAUGGAGUCCGGGGAAGAGGAAGAUGCCACACCAUCAUCACAUCAUAUGUCCAACUCAAAAUAUGAAGAGUUGGACUGUGAAAAUGAUGCUGGAGGGCUAACCACUGAGAAAGGCAACAAAAUUCACCUCCAGUCGCAGGAGGAGGACGAACCACCACGGAAGAGACCCAGACGUGAUCACACCAGGGAUGUGAAUGGGAAAAUUGAGUUUGAAAUUAUUGAUGAGAUUGAGGCUGAUGAAGAAGACCAUGGGAAUGGGGACGAUAGUGAUGAUGACGACCUCUCGGAUGACGAGAUCUACGCAUGGCUGGAGGAGGGAGUAGAUAAGAAUGUCCAGGCGGAGAAGGAUGACAGUAUUCCUGUCGAGAGGGAGAAGGUGGUAUUAAAGGAAAAAGGUCACGAUCCAUUCGACAUUCUCCCUGAAGGCUGGGUUGUGGUGACCCACAACAGCGGCAUGCCGGUCUAUCUGCACAAGGAGUCGAGGGUUUGCACCCUGGCUAGGCCCUACUUCCUCGGACCAGGCAGCGUCCGGAAACACGACAUUCCUCUAAGUGCCAUUCCAUGCUUACAAUACAAACGAGAAAUAGAGAAGGAGAACACAAAUGAUGCCAAUUCCAUUCCUGAAGAGCUGGAACAAACAACAGUCAAAGAAAACGAAGUUUCUGAUACAAAUACUGAGAAGCAAAAUGAGGUUGAGGCAGGGAAUACAAUAAAUUGUGUGGAUCUUGUGCAGAAGACAGCAGGCAUUAUGGAGACAAACUCAAGUGGCCAGGAAACGUCUUCUGCUCUAGCAUUUGGUAGUGUCCGGAAUAUAUCCAAGACUGGCGCUAGUCAAGAUGAAGAGCCAGACAAGACAGCCACUGAGAAUCCCGAUGAAGAGAAAUCCAGUUCUAUACUUGUUACAAAUGCCAUGUCGGAUUCUUCCAAGGUGGGUGCUGUUGGUGGCAAAAAUCAGUUGGUUACAAGCCAGUCGGAAACCUGCCCAUUUAAACCGGUGCAAUCUAGUGUGAAUGUCAGUUUGGAUGAAACUGAAAUGGAUUGUGCCGAAAAUGAAAAUAUAUCCUGUGCCACUACAAGUGCCAAACCAGCGGAGGUGUCUGUUGAAUCUGAGUCAGUCAAUGCCAAGGUCACUCUGGAAGGGGCAUCUAUAAUAGAGAACGGCAUAGCAGGAAGUAACACUGGUGGAGGAAGAGAUUGUGAAAAUGGAGCUGUAGAUAGCACAUCAAGGGAGACAACUCAAGGAGACCAACGAGUGGAAGUACAUCCUGUCAAGGUUGAGAGUGCUGAAGAACGAAGAAAGCAAGCUUCUUUAGACCCACCUGCAGUUAGAGAAUAUUGCUCAAGACUGUUUGAAUUUAGGACAAUUACUGUCAGAAAAUACAAAACUUGGCGAGAUAGACGUAGACAUAUGACUCAGAUGAAGAAACAAUCCCGUCCAGAACUGCCACCCAACACAAAGCUCAUCACUUGUUCCUUAAACGUCCAACUGAAACCUGGAGAUUUCAAGUCCACCAAAAGGAAAGAGUUUCUCCUCAACCCCUCAGGGAAGUCAUAUGUGUGUAUCCUCCACGAGUAUGUUCAACACACCAUGCGAGUCCAGCCAAGAUAUAUUUUCAAAGAAAUGGAAAGUGCCCUAACUCCCUACAGUGCUACAGUUGUGAUAAAUGAUGUGGAGUAUGGAGUCGGCUAUGCAUCCAGUAAGAAAGCCGCUAAACUUGAAGCUGCCAAAGACACCCUCAACAUUCUCAUUCCGGAAAUGAACAAGGUCACAGAUGACCAGAAAGGGGAGGGCGAGGAUCUGUCGUUCUUUGAUGAAAUCAAGAUUGAAGAUCCUCGAAUCUAUGAACUGGGGAACAAAGCAGGACAGCCUAGCCCAUAUCAGAUACUCUGUGAAUGCCUUAGAAGGAACUACGGACUGGGUGAGACCCUGCAUGUGUAAGACUGGGUUGAUGUUGCAGGAACUACGGACUGGGUGAGACCCUGCAUGUGUAAGACUGGGUUGAUGUUGCAGGAACUACGGACUGGGUGAGACCCUGCAUGUGUAAGACUGGGUUGAUGUUGCAGGAACUACGGACUGGGUGAGACCCUGCAUGUGUAAGACUGGGUUGAUGUUGCAGGAACUACGGACUGGGUGAGACCCUGCAUGUGUAAGACUGGGUUGAUGUUGCAGGAACUACGGACUGGGUGAGACCCUGCAUGUGUAUAAGACUGGGUUGAUGUUGCAGGAACUACGGACUGGGUGAGACCCUGCAUGUGUGUAAGACUGGGUUGAUGUUGCAGGAACUACGGACUGGGUGAGACCCUGCAUGUGUAUAAGACUGGGUUGAUGUUGCAGGAACUACGGACUGGGUGAGACCCUGCAUGUGUAUAAGACUGGGUUGAUGUUGCAGGAACUACGGACUGGGUGAGACCCUGCAUGUGUAUAAGACUGGGUUGAUGUUGCAGGAACUACGGACUGGGUGAGACCCUGCAUGUGUAUAAGACUGGGUUGAUGUUGCAGGAACUACGGACUGGGUGAGACCCUGCAUGUGUAUAAGACUGGGUUGAUGUUGCAGGAACUAUGGACUGGGUGAGACCCUGCAUGUGUAUAAGACUGGGUUGAUGUUGCAGGAACUACGGACUGGGUGAGACCCUGCAUGUGUAUAAGACUGGGUUGAUGUUGCAGGAACUACGGACUGGGUGAGACCCUGCAAGUGUAUAAGACUGGGUUGAUGUUGCAGGAACUACGGACUGGGUGAGACCCUGCAUGUGUAUAAGACUGGGUUGAUGUUGCAGGAACUACGGACUGGGUGAGACCCUGCAUGUGUAUAAGACUGGGUUGAUGUUGCAGGAACUACGGACUGGGUGAGACCCUGCAUGUGUAUAAGACUGGGUUGAUGUUGCAGGAACUACGGACUGGGUGAGACCCUGCAUGUGUAUAAGACUGGGUUGAUGUUGCAGGAACUACGGACUGGGUGAGACCCUGCAUGUGUGUAAGACUGGGUUGAUGUUGCAGGAACUACGGACGGGGUGAGACCCUGCAUGUGUGUAAGACUGGGUUGAUGUUGCAGGAACUACGGACUGGGUGAGACCCUGCAUGUGUGUAAGACUGGGUUGAUGUUGCAGGAACUACGGACUGGGUGA